AUUUGAUGCAUUAUUAGUAUAAACAGUGGUGUUGCUUCCCGCAACUGGAAUAGUGCUCGUUCGAAUGUUUUAAUUUAAACAAUGCGCGGUUUCUUAUAAUGUCGUGACUUGUAUAUUGCUCGUGAUGUUACAAAAAAAUCCGUACUGUUUCGAAAGAGACUUAUGUUCUCCGCGGCCAUCCCUUUUAUAGCUUUUUACUUUCUCCCGAAGACUCUCUCUCUCUCUCUCUCUCUCUCUCUCUCUCUCUCCUCUCGUCUUAAUCCCGAAGAAAGAUCAUUUCCCUUCAUUCCCUGUCUCUUUAGCUACGGGAUUCCCUCUCGCGGACGGUAUCGUAACCUAUACGGUAUCUUGUUUGUUUACAUUUUGUCGGACCGUUGUACUGUCACAACAAGUGGAAAUAUACAGUAUAAUUUUCACGUAACGUGCAAAACUAAAUUCCCAACCAAUUUAGAAAAUCCUCGUAGAAGUAGAAGUAAAUUCUCCCAUAACGAUCAAUUUCAUUUUUGUUCCUGAUAAGAAAUCGUGAUCAUUUUUAGUGUUUCAAUACUACGCAUCGUUUAAUAGCAAGCUAUUCCCAAAAGAGGCAGUGUGUAAAUGCGAAGGAAAAGUGUACACAUGGAAGGAAAGUGGAAGGAAAAGUGUACAGGGAGGUACACAUUAACGCUCACUGCGAGUUCAAAACUCACGAUGUCAACAAACAUCGAAAAAAAAUCGUGGGCGUGUCCAAUCCACAUUCAGGUAACAUUUCAGAUCAGAUAGCGGAACUGAGAGUGCGCAGCUAAACUUAAGCCCGUGUCUGAGCUCCAUUGGAUGCGAUUUUAUCGGAAGGCCUGUCAAAAUUUUAUAUGGGAUUUUAUAGCUAAAGUCGAACGUGUGAUUUCGUCCUACGACGAAAUAAAAAAAGAAGGUUGGACAUCCGAUUUUAUCUGUCAAGCUAAUUGUGUGGUAUUUUGUAGUAACUACCUCAAAUUAAUUUUCCAUUAUCGUUAAACAAAAAUAAUCAUCGUUAAAUCAUCCAAAUAAUCGAAAUAUUAAUCUAAAAAGCGUUUGACAGCACGUGCGAUAACAUCGCAUGUUAUGGAGCACAGGCACGGCCAUUAGUGCUGCUAUGGAGCACGUUUGUAGAAAGUGGUAAGCCAGUUUUUUUCAUACAAAAUUUGUAAAAUGUCGCGUGAUAAUGUCGGUUGAGAGAAUAUUUAUCGCUCUUCGUCGCGUGUCGUUUAUACCAAUUGCAGUAAGCGAAACAAAAAAUGGUGUAGCAUUCAGUGUGAUGGUGCAAUUAGUAACAUCUGCUAUACUUUUUGCAAUCAAUUUAGCUUGUUUUAACUAGAUAAAUGGUUUUAAAAAAAAUUAAGUUGUACUCAUUUUGCAGAAUGCGUUGGAAGAAAUGUAAUAUAAAAAAUAAAUUUAAUGUAUGAAUAAUAAAAUUUAUUUAGUUUCAGUGACAGGCAGGGAUGUACCAAAUCAGGUUUUAUUCAAUUUUGGGGAAAAACAUGUUAAUUUGGACGAAUCCUUGUAAGGUGGCGCUCUGGCACCGAUGGAACAUUAACAAUGUAUUGGAUUUGACAUGUUGGAUUUGAUAACCAGCAAAUAGAACAUAUCAAAUCCCUUGCUGGUUAUCAAAUCCAACAUGUCAAAUCCCAUACAUUUUUAAUGUUCGAUGGCUUGUUCAAUUGGUACUAGAGCGCCGGAUAAGUAAUGGAAAAGAACGUUUUGCAACAACGUCUCAUUUACAAUUGUUUAAUGCUCAUUUCAAUGAAAAAAAACUAUUAUAAGUAAAAAUGUGUUAACUAGUGUUGUGUUUCAUGAAUCUUUUGACUAGAUUCAUUCACAUGAAUCUUUGAUUAAAAUUCAUUCAAAUCACGAGUCGAAUCUCAAGAUUCAUGAUCCUCAAGAACCAAAAUCUCAAGAUACAUGAAUCUCAAGAUUGAAAUUCAUGAAUUUUGAGAUUCGAGAAUUUUGAUAUUCAUUUUGUAAGACAUUAUAUUUUAUUUUUCAGCACAAAACUACAGCAUACCGCACAAGUUCUAUCCAAAAAUCCAAAUGAACAAGAUCGCGAUCUAUAAACAAAUAGUUCUUCCCAUGGCUACCUAUAGUAUCUCGGUUUGGAAAAAUAGCGCCCAACCAACAUCCGCAGGGUUCAAAUAGGGUUGAACCGAUUUUUGCGAUUAAUUGCAAAUGCUCCCUACUGGACCAGGUUAGAGGAGCUAUAUGAAAAAACCAGUACAUAUCCAAUAGAUGAAAUUGGAUAUGUGAUAACAGAACGCCUUAAAGCAAAAUGCGCAACAUCAGGUUCACCCCUUCUAAGGGCACUCUUUUGAAUUUUUCACUUUAUAUAUAUAUAUUUUUUUUUUCCUUCUUUCCUUCAUAUUUUUGAAUUUCUUUUGUCUUGUUCCUAAUCUUAUAGUGUUAAGUAGAUAAGUUAGUUUAAGUUAAGAUAGCGUAACAAAAGGCCCUAGGCCUAACACCAUGCUUUCUAAAACCAAAACAAACUGCCUCUUGACAAAAUGCUCUACAGCGGUGAAAAGCGAGCGUUACGCUAAAUCUCGCAAAACAAAUGUACACAUGAACUUAAUAGAAAAAUAUCAUUAAACAUAUAUUCUGAUUCUGAUAAACAUUACAGAACGUAAACAUUGGGGUGACGGGACGACUCAUGAUAACGAGUAGUGGUUACACGCGCGAGUCGGAAAGUUGAAAAGCGUAGGCGGCGCAAUUCGCUAUAAAAAGGGCUGGGCUGGCGCCGUAGGGCCUUUUUCGACGGAAAUUUUCUGUAGCGUGAACAACCACUAGAAGUGAGUAAUAUUUUGGCGUGGGUUAAUAAAACGCAAAGCACCACUUAUAAUAUUAACACUUUUCACACACGACUUAAAAAAGACUCACAACACAAUCCGAACGCUACAACCAGACUAACUGUACAUUCGUAUCAUUAAAGUAUUGUUGAUUUUUAUUUCCUCGAUAACGUGAUAAUGACAAGAUUUUCAUUCUGAAAUCAAAAUCGGUCCAGAGUAGUAAUUUCAAUCUCCUCAUCAUAACAAAUAAAAGUGUGAAUUGGAAUUGUGCAUACUGUCAAUAAAAAAGUGAAAAAAUAAAUAAAAACUGUGGUUUAAAUAAAACAGGUGAGUGAAAAAAAGUUGAUUAUUUUUAGAAAAAUAAUAAACAGUUAAAACUAUAUGUUGAGAGCUUUUAAACUUAAAAUUAUUUUUUUCAUUCCUAGACUCAAAAAGCGGCCUAUUGAAUUGUGUUGCUGGUUUCGUGCAGUGGUUCCUGUAUCAGACCAGAAGUUAUGUCUUGGUUUCCGAUCAGUGAUGAGUGACAAUAUUUCAUACAACAAGGAGAAGGCAAUCCAAUUUGCAAAUAUUGCAAGAGAAAAAUCAAGGCAUCGGGUGGAUCAACGGCCAAUCUCAUUAGGCACUUGAAACUGGUGCAUCACACUAAAUUUUCACAGAGAUCAUCAACUAGCACAAGCAAAACCGAUAAUUCUAAAGAAAUUGAUUUAACAACUGCCAGCAGCAGUAACAAUAAAAACGAAGAAAAUAAUGCGAUUAGCGCAUAUUUUCUAUCCAACAAACUAUUAGACAACCAAUUAACCAAUUAACCAAUAAUCCCAUAAGCUAUUAGAGAGGAAUUAGAUAAAGCCUUUAUAAUAACGUUAUGUAAAGAUAAAAUACAAUUUAAUAUUGUAGAUAGCCAAUAUUUUAAGUACUACACAAAAAAAACUUAAUCAGAAAAAUGCAUUACCAUCAAGAAAAUACACAUCCACUAAUGUAUCGUCGCUCAAUGCCACAAAUACAUCCAGAACGACUAAAACAGCUUCCGCUCGCCGUACAUUUACUAACUCAACGGAGCUCACUGAUGAUAUCCAAGCUGCGAACGAUACCAACACUGUGGAUGAUUCUGACAACUGUAACCACUACAAUCAUCGUACUAAGCCGACUAGUGAUGUUAGUGCUGGAAACUAUCGAACAAAUACACAAGCAUCUUCUGAUCCUGUUUUGAACCAAAACACCACCAACACGGGCAUAGCCAAGAAAGUAUGGUUAUACUUCACGAACAUCAAAUCGCAUGUCUCGGCUGAUGAUAUGCGUGUGUGGCUUAAAGCUGUGCUACCAACGGACGAUAUUAAUGUUUACCGUCUCACGAAAAAGGGUGUGAACCUGGACUCGAUGUCCUUCAUAUCGUUCAAAGUGAGUGUUCCUAAAUCUCUUAAGGAGCUUGCGCUGCAGUCUACUAUUUGGCCAGUUUCACUUACUGUUCGGGAGUUUGUUGCUCGUGGCCUACCAAAGCAACGUGUACAUGAAAGGGCUCGAUUUGACCCUUCUGAGCUUAUUUCGCAUCGUACAAAUAGUGAAAAUUGCUCUUCUGCUGUGCCAAAAACUACCGCUCAUCCGGAUCAUUUUUUGGAACAUCGAUCGCCACCCCCACAGCGCGUGAUUCUAUCACCAUCCCAGAUGACCGAGAUCCUAGAGGCUAUUCAACUGGAGUUUCCUCCCACACCGCCUCAGUUAUCACCGGGAGUGGGGCUUCAAUCACAAUCCAAUCUCAGCAACACGAACCGCUCACCACAGAUCAGCCCGUUUGCCAAACGGAUAGCUCACAAUUAAUAGACCCAUUUGUGAUAUAUUACCAAAAUGUUCGAGGCCUUCGCACCAAAUACAAUGAAUUGCGCCUUUCUGCGAAUGAAUCAGGGUUUGAAAUGCUUGCCCUUACUGAAACCUGGUUAAAUGAAUCGAUUCCAUCCAACAUGGUCCUUGAUAGUGAUGCCUACAACAUAUACCGCUGUGAUCGAAGCAGGUUAAACAACGAACGUUCGCGUGGGGGUGGUGUGCUACUUGCAUGUUCCGUUCGAUAUCCUUCUGUGGCACUUAACAUUAAUCAACCCACGCUUGAAGCUUUAUGUAUACGUGUUUCUUUUUCUAAGUUUCGUCUUUAUGUGGGGAUUGUUUAUGUGCCACCGUAUUUGAGCAGCGACCGCAACUAUUUGGAAUCCCUUUCUGCUUUCAUCAGUGAUCCAUACAUGCAAAUGAAACCGAAUGAUCAUCUUAUCCUUCUGGGUGACUUCAAUCAACCUGCGUUAGAGUGGUCGCUUUCUACCGCAGUAAGGCCAGAUUCAUCUUCAGCUAUAAGACAUUAUGUGCCACAUAUUUCUUCGAAUACAUCCAGUUCCUGCUUUUUGGAUAUGUUAAACCUGCAUGAACUCUAUCAGCUGAACGGGGUGCAUAACCAUUUAAAUCAUUAUUUGGACCUGGUGCUCUCCAACUCUGCUGCAGCUGCUUGUUCUUCUGUGUAUCCUGCUUCGUCACUGCUCCUGCCCCAGGAUGCCCAUCAUCCUGCUCUAGAAAUUGCGUUACCGUCUUCUUUAUUUAGGGCUAGUAGGGUUAUGAAUGUAUUACCUUCUGCUCCUAAUUCAUUGAGAGUUCGUUAUAAUUUUUGGCUCACAGACUAUCGUAAACUUAAUUCAAUUCUAUCUCGUUCCGACUGGUCUUUUUUUUAUCAAUGUACAUCGGUCGACGAGGCUGUCCAAUCGUUUAAUGCUUUGUUAACCUCUGCACUCCUUUCAUGUACACCUAUUUUUCGUUCCCCUCCUAAUCCUCCCUGGUCCAAUCGUACUCUUCGCAACCUGAAAAAGGAUAGAAUGAAAUAUCUUAGGAGGUAUCGUCUGAACCGAUCUGCUUUCAACUUUCGUUUAUUUAAGUACGCUGCCUCUGCGCAUCGACUAUACAACAGGGCUUGUUUUGAGGCCUAUUCGAGUAGACUGCAAUCGCGUUUCCGUUCUGAUCCAGCAUCCUUCUGGCAAUUUGUUAGGAUUCGAAGAGGGUGCAAUACGUUACCUAAUGAAAUGGUACUUGAUUCUCGAACUGCCUCUACGCCUGUUGAGAUCUGUGAGCUAUUCUCUGCACAUUUUUCCCAAAUGUUUGAGCCACCGGUUAGUGACCCUAACCUUAUUGAGGGUGGGCUACUCUACACGCCAGAGAACUUAAUUAAUCUCUCCGAUAUUUCGGUUAGCUCUGAAACAGUUGUACAGGUGUUAUUUGGGUUGAAACGUUCUUUUACUCCUGGUCCAGAUGGCAUUCCUGCCUCUGUUUUAAUAAACUGUAAGGACGUGCUUGCUCCACACCUUGCUAAAAUUUUCAACCUUUCACUUUCUCUUGGGGUUUUUCCUGCUCUUUGGAAAUCCUGUUGGCUUUUUCCGGUACACAAAAAGGGAUGCCGUAGCAUUGUUUCUAAUUAUCGUGGGAUAACCCAAACUUGCGCCACAGCCAAAACUUUUGAGCUAUGUAUCCUUCCAACCAUACUUCAUAGUUGUAGUUCCGCUAUUAGCCCUAAACAGCAUGGGUUUAUGCCUGGUAGGUCUACUUCAACUAAUCUCAUGUCUUUUAUUUCCAAUAUUUUUAGAUCUUUUGAAGCCGGUACCCAACUUGAUGCAAUAUACACCGACUUUCAUGCUGCUUUUGAUAGUUUACCUCACUCUUUAUUAUUAGCUAAAUUGUCUAAACUUGGUUUUGGUGAUGGCAUUAUUAGCUGGCUGUCCUCAUAUUUAAGUAAUCGAUCAUGCAGGGUUAAAACCGGGUCGUACUUAUCUGAGGAGUUUUUUUGUACGUCAGGUGUCCCUCAGGGUUGUGUGCUAAGUCCACUUCUGUUUUCUUUGUUCAUCAAUGAUGUUUGUAAUGUUUUACCUCCUGAUGGUCAUCUCCUUUAUGCGGAUGAUAUCAAAAUCUUUUUACCUGUGUCUUCUUCUUCUGAUUGUCUGAGACUUCAGCAUUACCUCAAUGCAUUUGCUCAUUGGUGUUCAUCCAAUUUACUUCGCCUGUGUCCCGAAAAAUGUUCUGUUAUUUCUUUCUCUCACUCUCUUUCUCCUAUUUUAUUUAACUAUACUCUCUCUAGCGCUUCCCUCUCUCGUGUUAUGUCCAUCCGUGACCUUGGUAUUAUACUUGACUGUCGUCUUAACUUUAAACUGCAGCUUGAUGAGGUGCUACUUAAAGCAAAUCGAACCCUUGGGUUUAUCUUACGUUUAACCUCUAUUUUUAGAGAUCAAAGCAUCCUAAGAAUCCUUUAUUGUGCUUUGGUAAGGCCUAUUCUUGAAUAUGCAAGUAUCAUCUGGAAUCCUCCCACUAUUGAUGGCUGUUCGAGAAUUGAAAGCAUUCAGCGCCUCUUUACCAGGAUUGCCUUUCGUCGUUUGUUCGGUGCUGCCUCACUACCUCCCUAUGAAACGCGAUUGCAGUUAUUCAAUCUUCACUCCUUAAGCUUCCGCCGCCAAGUGUUUCAGGCUUGUUUUAUUGGUGGCUUAUUACUUUCUGCUACUGAUGCUCCUGAUUUACUCUCGUCCAUCUCGCUGUAUGUUCCCUCUCGUUCUCUUCGUCCACGUGAUCCUCUGUCAAUUGAAACACGUCAUACUCUUUAUACUUUCAAUGACCCUCUUCUGUCCUGUUUCAGGUUGUUUAACCACUUUUACUAUCUCUUUGAUUUCGACUCCUCUCUUAACUCUUUCCGUAACCGUAUUUUUUCUUCUAAUUCCCUUUAAUUAUUCUCCUUCGUUUUCUAUUACUCUCUUUUUUUUGUUUUUGUUAAGUUUAUGAUAGUCUCUACGCUCUACUCUUGUUUUUUUUCUUUUCUUUUUUGCUAGGUCAAGACUAGGUUAGUUAGGCUUAGUUUUUCAUGAAUUAUUUUGUUUAUUUGUUAGUAUUAAAUUAGUUUUAAGUCUAUUAUAUUUAGCCUUGAUGGCGGAUAUUGUAUGAAAUAAAUGAAA